AUGUACGGAUCGGAGACUCGGGUAGCACCGUCUACGGUGAUGGAGAGGCUUGAUUGCACGGAACGAGAGCUGCUGAGACGGCUACUUGGCUACUUUUGGCCUGAGGGUUCGAGCUGGAAGAAGCCACCUGGCCGAAAACAGAAGUUCAGGAAAGAUCGAGAAGGUUGGACAGUACUAUGUUGGCACACCUCGACGAAGAUGCGGGUAAUUGACGAUGACAUCAGCCCCCGAUUAAGAACAGCAGAAACCGAUGCAUCCACAUGUUGCGUCAAAUCCACCCAGCAUUCCUUUCGCUAUGCUGAUGCUAGCUGUUAUCAGAACGAGUAG